GUUUGUGUUCAAGCACUGAAGGUUGGGAUUAGCAACCGAGGUUUCGGUUCUACAGCUGUCAGCAGGUGAUCUGAGUGAAUUCGAAGUGCAGCGUCUGGACUCUGAGCUAUUCCUCAGCAGCAGAGAAAGGAAAGAAAACCAGCACAACUCCAAAGUAAACUUUGAAGAGUACGAAAGAGGAAUUGAAUCGUAAAACUGUUACUGUGCCCUGUAAGGCCCUUGUGUGGGUGACUUCAAAGGAGGAUGGCGAUCAAGGACGCUUUGGCAAGAGUGCUUACAGCUGUGGGCUAUCUAGGAUCCAAGUAAAUAGCUCCACAGCACUUCAGGAGAGAGGAGUCCCGAAUACUGUGCUGCUUUGAAGAGUUUACCACAGAUCACAGUUCUCAUCCAACAGGACACAUGGCUCUUUUAAAGAAAAUUAACCAGAUCUUACUGUUACUUCUUGUCUUAACUGUGUGUGCAAUUCUGUAUAAUAAAGUUCACCAAGCGCCAUUGGCAUUAAGAAAUGAAACAGUGGAUUUGGAGAGCCCUGAGGAAAUGGAAGAAGAAAUCCCAGUGGUGAUCUGUGCUGCUGCAGGCAGGAUGGGUGCAGCUGUAGCAGCGAUCAGCAGCAUCUACAGCAACACAGAGGCCAAUGUUUUGUUCUACAUUGUUGGGCUGAAGACAACCAUCCCACAUAUUAGAAAAUGGAUUGAAAAUUCUAAACUGAAAGAAAUAAAAUUUAAGGUUGUGGAGUUCAAUCCUAUGGUACUAAAAGGAAAAAUCAGACAAGAUGCAUCACGUCCUGAGCUACUGCAGCCUCUGAACUUUGUUCGAUUUUAUCUUCCUCUGCUCAUCCAGAAACAUGAGAAAGUAAUAUAUUUGGAUGAUGAUGUCAUCGUUCAAGGUGACAUCCAGGAACUCUAUGAUACUAAGUUAGCUCCUGGACAUGCAGCAGCUUUUUCAGAUGAUUGUGAUCUGCCUUCUACACAUGAAAUGGUUAGAAGUGUAGGAAUGCAGAACACAUACAUGGGAUUCCUGGACUACAGAAAGCAAGCCAUUAGAGAUCUUGGCAUCAGCCCCAGCACCUGCUCCUUUAAUCCUGGAGUAAUUGUUGCUAACAUGACUGAAUGGAAACAUCAGCGGAUUACAAAGCAGUUGGAAAAGUGGAUGCAAAGAAAUGUAGAGGAAAACCUCUAUAGCAGUACCCUUGGGGGAGGUGUGGCAACCUCUCCAAUGCUGAUUGUAUUUCAUGGAAAAUAUUCCUCUAUUAAUCCUAUGUGGCACAUAAGGCAUCUCGGUUGGAGUCCUGAUGCCCGUUACUCAGAGCAAUUUCUUCAAGAAGCUAAAUUACUUCACUGGAAUGGGAGAUACAAACCUUGGGACUACCCCAGUGUCCACACUGAUCUCUGGGAAAACUGGUUUAUUCCUGACCCUUCAGGGAAGUUCAAAUUAACUCGUCCUGAUAGCUGAUACUGAAAUACUGCAAAAUGUAGUCUAUGGGAUGCAAUUAAUAGUUUGAGAUGCAACAUGUUGUAUGAUUAAUUGAUUUUAGAAAAUGAAGUAUUUGUUAAAAAUAUGAAUAACUGACCAUCAGUUGUGUGCUUAUGCCAGGAGAGGGAGGACAGAGUGACCAGUACACAGUUCAGAUUAUCCUGAAUUUCAUGUAAGGUGAGGAAACAAGUUUACUUGACAAUGAAGUAUUUUCAUUAAACACUUAGAGGUGAAAUUCAGUGCCAGUGAAUUUUUAUUCACUGACAGUGAGCUUUAAUUUAAGGUCUUUCUAAGUAAGAUUCCAAUGUCUUCUGGUAGAAAAAUCUACACAGGAGACAGCCGUAGUGUUAUGUACAAGAAGUGUUUAGUUGUCUAGCCCACAUUAAACAAUCUGAAUUGAAAACCUGGGCACAUGUUACUGAGUUCUGUUGCAUGGUGACUGUUUUUCGGCAUUUCUAUGUAUGACAGAUCCUGUAGUGCACUUAGCAAGAUGCAAAAGCAUAUUCCAACACACUGCAGUACAAUUCCUGAUUUUAUUGUGAAACAUUGGUAGAUUUAAGACAGGUUAAGACCUUCUGUAUCACUGUAACAAAAAGAGCACCAGUUUUGAGGGACAAUACAGAAUAGCAGUAUUUAGUGGAAUGGUCAUUGUACACCCAACUGUAUUUUAUGCCCAGAUAAGCAAGUGGGUGAUCCCAUUAAGGAAGAGCUCUUUCCCUUCCCAUCAACCAGGAUAGCCUUUCAGGAGUUACAACCUACUGUGCUACGUACUCAGCAGUGCUAAUUUCAUGCUUCUAAUUUUGUUGAAAAUAAAACUGAAUUGUAACAAAUCCCUGAUGCGAGAUACUUUGAGCACCUGCAGGAAAACAUCCAUGUAAACAGCAAUACAUGAUACAGUACACUUUAAAUAACAGACAAGACAAAUCCUAUACCUUUCUGAUAAUAUGUGGAACAGCUUUAUGCUGCAGCUAAUAAACACAAUCAGAAUCAUAAUGCACACUCAUUCGAUUUUAGAUUCUCAGAAUUAAGCCACAUAAUUUGGGAAGAAACUGUAAACAUCAUGCCUGCCUCACAACAGGUUGACAGACAGUGUGUAAUCUCUGUAAGAGGUGUUACAGCUGGAUUAGAACCUACACUAACCAGUUACACACAAUUGACAACUGUCACUAGCUGUGAAGAGAGGAUAAAUCACACUGGUACAGGAAUCUCUGACCAGCAUGGAGUGUGGAGAUAAUGUUUGUAUCUGUUUUCAAGUAUGUGAAGCACCAACUGUCAUAAGAUCAUCAAAACUUUAGUGUUUUGAUCAGCUUAUUGCUUUGAUUUCAUCUUUUCCUCACAUGAUCAAAGAGGGAAAGAAGAGGAGAAUUAGGCACCAGGAUGGAGUCUCGUUUCUUUCUCAGUCACUAAUAUUGGCCAAAAAUGUGUAUCAUUUAGGCAAGUUCCUCAGAAGAGAGUUAUAGUUUCUACAGACAACUUCUUAUUCAUGGAACAGCUGUCUCUGUAUUCAACUCAGUGUUUUUAAGUGGAGUAAAGGGAACAUCCUCUAAGGUCCUACAAAUUGAACUUCAUGUUAAAAACUGCUAAAUUGCACAUCUAUUUUACCCUGUGCUAACUGUACACAAUGUAAAUAAUGUAGCUGUGCAUGACUCUUAAAGAGAAUGCAGUCUUUCAAUUUUCUGUCACAUUCAAAGGGGUUAUCUCCUGCUAAAGGUCAGGUGAAGGGACUAACU